AUGGUCUCCUCGGUCGCCUUCGCCGACCUCCGCGCUCUUCGCGAUUCCCCGGCGGCGGCGUUGCGCCCCACCCCAAUAGCAACGCCGCAAGGCUGCCUAGCCGCGGACGCCCUCCAGGCUCAAGCCAUCCAGGUGGCAAUGGUUACUCAGAAACCCAUUUAUUCAUUCUUCAAAAGAAAAAGAGAUGAACCUACGGAGCAACCUUCAGUCAGUUCAGUGCUUGCCCCCUUGACUGAAUUGGAAUGUCAAAGGCAAGAUGAAGAACAACCAGCAGAUGAACCUGUUGUAUUUCGAGGCAUUGAAUUAUUAGAGCGAGAUCCGUCAAAACUUCCACAAAUUUGGGAGUAUACAUGCAACCAACAUGAUGAAGUGCGGCAGGCAUACUUGAAGUUGGGUUCAAUGCAACCCAAACUGAAGAAUAUAAGCCUUCAGGACCACAAGGGCAUUAGCGUCAUUUUCAGUGCAAUCGGUUCAGUGAAUUUCCAUGCAGUGAAAGAAUGUCAUACUUUGUUGAAUCGACCGAAUCAUAUAGAAAAUAUCAUGGAAGUGAUAAGCGAUCGGGAGAAAGAAAGAAACCGUCUAUGGCUAAAAACAUCAAUUGCAACUGUUAAGUGGCUAACACUUCAGUCUCGUACUUUUAGAGGUCAUGAUGAGACGCCUGAGUCAAAAAAUAGAGGAAACUUUGUUGAAAUGAUAAAGCUUCUUGCGGAAUUUAAUCCUGAAAUUGCAAGUGUUGUUUUAGAGAAUGCUCCACUUAAUGCCAAGUACACGUCACCUGAUAUUCAAAAUGAGAUCUUGAGUAUCUUUGCAAUUAAAGUCAGAAAGCAUAUUCGUGAAGAAAUCGGGGAUGCAAAGUUCUCUAUUCUGGUGGAUGAAACAUGUGAUAUUGCCAAAAGAGAGCAAAUGGCACUUGUUUUCAGAUUUGUUGAUGAAGAUGGUGUUUUACAAGAAAGAUUAUUUGACUUGAUACAUGUAAGGAACACCAAAGCAUUAACACUAAAAGAGGAAUUGUGUCAUGUAUUAUCCAGCUAUUCCUUCGAUGUACAGAACCUUCGAGACCAAGGGUAUGAUGAUGCCAGCAAUAUGAAGGGAGAGUUGAAUGGAUUGCAAGCACUUUUUCUCAGAGAAUGUCCCUAUUCAUAUUAUGUUCAUUGCUAUACCCUUCGUUUACAACUUGCUCUUGUUGCAGCAUCAAGGGAGGUGGUUGGUGUUAGCCAAUUUUUUCAGAAACUGCUCUUUAUUGUAAACACAGUUGACUCAUCAUCAAAGCGUCAUGAUGAGCUCCAUGAUGCUCAAAUGGUUGAACUUGCACGCUUACUAGCUACUGAUGAGCUUGAGACGAGUCAAGGAGCAAAUCAAAUCCGCUCAUUGAAACGUCCAGGAGAGACCAGGUGGGGUUCACACUUAGGUUCUAUUUCCACCCUUAUGGAUAUGUUCAAUCUGUAA